CAUAAAAUUUCUUAGGUUAAGAAAUUGAAGAGAGAAUCAUCCCACCUUAAGCAAAGCACCAUAGCGGUACUAUUUCCCCAUUCGUUCGCUAUUGGGUGUUUGGACUUCUGGUUUAUUCAUUCUUUGUGUUUCCUUCACCAUGAGGGUUCAGCGAGCUGUAGCUGUCCUCAAUGACAGCCGCAUCCUUGGUUCGAGGUGUAGCGCUCGCUUCCUCAGUGUGGGCUCCAGGGCUCCGGGUUCUCGUUACUCUGCACCGUUGAUCGCGGCUCCGUUGCGUGUGGACGGAAGAAGAUAUUUCAGUUUGACCAAGACCAGAUAUGCUUCUGUAAAUGCUGCUGCCAGUGCUGCCUUGAAGCGGGCUGCCGAAGAGGCCGCAAACCUUACCCCCGAAGCCGUCUUCGAAAAGAUGAGCCCAGAUGAAAAGAAACGAUUGUCGAGAGUGCGAAACAUUGGUAUUGCCGCACAUAUCGAUAGUGGAAAAACGACAGCUACCGAACGAGUGCUUUUCUAUACCGGUCGAAUCAAGGCAAUUCACGAAGUGAGAGGUAGAGAUGGUGCAGGCGCAAAGAUGGACUCUAUGGAACUUGAACGAGAGAAGGGAAUUACAAUCCAAUCUGCUGCCACAUUUUGUGAUUGGAAGAAAGUCGAAGACGGCGUGGAACAGACCUACCAUAUCAAUUUGAUCGAUACGCCUGGUCACAUUGAUUUCACCAUCGAAGUCGAACGCGCGCUAAGAGUGCUAGACGGAGCCGUCAUGAUUCUUUGCGCCGUCAGCGGUGUUCAGUCUCAAACCAUUACCGUGGAUAGGCAGAUGAAGCGAUACAAUAUUCCUCGAAUAAGUUUUGUGAACAAGAUGGACCGAAUGGGUGCCAACCCUUGGAAGGCUGUCGAACAGAUCAACUCCAAGCUGAAGAUUCCCGCAGCCGCUAUUCAAAUUCCCAUUGGCGCCGAAGAUCAAUUCAAGGGCGUCGUUGACCUAAUAGAGAUGAAAGCCAUCUAUAGCGAGGGACCAAAAGGCACAAUCAUUCGACUCGGCCCCGUACCCGAAGACUUGAAAGAGCUUGCGGACCAGAAGCGCCAGGAGUUGAUCGAGAAGCUCGCUGAUGUCGAUGACGAGAUUGCUGAAAUUUUCUUAGACGAGGGUACACCGUCUAAUGAGCAAAUCAGCGCUGCCAUUCGUAGAUCUACUAUCGCAUUGAAAUUUUCUCCCGUUAUGAUGGGAUCUGCACUAGCCGACAAGUCUAUCCAGCCCUUGCUUGAUGCCGUCUGCGACUAUCUGCCAAACCCUGCCGAUGUCGAGAACGUGGCAUUGGAUCGCUCCAGGGACGAGGCAGUAACCAAAUUGGUUCCUUAUAAUUCACUGCCAUUUGUCGGGUUGGCUUUCAAGCUCGAAGAGAACAACUACGGCCAGCUUACCUACAUUCGAGUUUACCAGGGCUCUUUGAGGAAGGGUACUUGGUUGUUUAAUUCGCGAACCGAUAAGAAGGUCAGAAUUCCCCGUAUCGUGCGAAUGCAUUCCAAUGAGAUGGAGGACGUCGCCGAGGUUGGUGCAGGUGAGAUUUGCGCCGUGUUUGGUGUCGACUGCGCCUCUGGCGAUACAUUUACGGACGGAAACUUGCCAUACACUAUGUCUUCCAUGUUCGUGCCCGAUGCGGUCAUGUCGCUUUCCAUCAAGCCCAAGAAAAGUACGGAUGCCGACAACUUCAGUAAGGCCAUGAACCGUUUCCAGCGUGAAGACCCUACAUUCAGAUUGUAUGUCGACGAUGAAAGCGAAGAGACAAUUAUCUCGGGUAUGGGUGAAUUACACCUAGAAAUCUACAUCGAGCGUCUACGACGUGAGUACAAGGUUGACUGUGUCACUGGCCAGCCUCGUGUGGCGUAUCGCGAGACUAUCAGCAAGAGGGCCGACUUCGACUACCUUCUGAAGAGGCAGACCGGUGGCCCUGGUGAUUUUGCCCGUGUCGGCGGCUGGAUCGAACCUAAUGAUGAUAAAGACAAGAAUUAUUUCGACAACCAAGUGGUCGGUGGUGCCAUUCCGGACAAGUUCAUCUCUGCCUGCGGUAAGGGUUUCGAAAUCGCUUGCGAGAAGGGUCCUCUACUCGGCCACAAGGUUAUCGGAGCACGCAUGGUGGUUAAUGAUGGAGCCACGCACGUAACAGAUUCUUCAGAUUUCGCUUUUAGCUUAGCAGCACAGAUGGCCUUCCGCAAGGUGUUCCCAGAGGCGGGCGGUCAAGUUCUGGAGCCUCUAAUGAAGACAACUAUCAUGGCUCCCAACGAGUUCCAGGGCAACAUUCUCAUGCUUAUGAACAAACGAAACGCUACUAUCCUUGAUACGGAGAUCGGCGCCGAGGACUUCACGCUGAUAGCGGAUUGCAGUCUUAACGCUAUGUUCGGUUUUAGCACGCAGUUGAGAGCGGCUACUCAGGGCAAGGGCGAGUUCAGCAUGGAGUUUUCACAUUAUGCGGCCGCACCACCCCAUUUGCAGAAGGAAUUGGUCGCCAAGUACGAGAAAGAGCUUGAGGCGAAGAGGACGAAGUAAGAAAACUUCGCCUUGGACGGAUUCUAUCUUUGCAGUUGGCUUCUUCGACACGUUAUGCUGUUAAGAGUCUGCCGCUAGCACCAGGACUUUAAGGGAUUUGGCGUUUUCUGUCUAGCCUUGAAUGAACGCAUCUAUGCCAUGCCAUUGCAAUGAUGAUCACGGGGUGUACAAUACUUAACGCUAUGGCACACUACCAUGUGCCGAUAGAGGGCUGUAUAUAAGAUUAAGACACAACAUGAAGGCUCGGCGUAUCGUCGCAGUACACAAUUUACCUAACAGCGACAAAAGGUAGGGAAAAUAGUUGGCAUGGGGAGUAUACCUACCGAAGAGGAGUGGGUAGGUAUAUAUUCAAAUGCUUAGGUACCUAGAAAAAGUAUCUAGAACGUGGAAAUGAAGAACCUCUUCUCUCUAUUUUCGGGAAUAU